AUGCCUACAGACGCUCAGAUUGCCGGUGGCCACAAGGCAAACAUCAACAACCCAAACACCUCUGAAGAGUCCAAGCAGCAUAGCCGCGAGGUUCUCGAUUCUGGCGACUUCGCCUCUGCUGGCAAGGACGAUAGUGACAAGAACCCUAACAACGUCGCUGGUGGUCUCAAGGCUACCAUCAACAACCCCAACAGUUCUGAGGAGGCGAAGCAGUCCGCCAAGGAGCGUCUUGAAGGAAUGUAA